AUUUUUACGGACCAAUUCCCUCAUUGAUUGGUAACUUGACUCAAAUUUCAUUCUUGGCCUUUGAGAACAAUUCCCUCACUGGAAAAAUUCCAGGGUACUUGUUCACCCUUCCUGCGUUGCAAGAAUUAUCUCUCUCAUCGAAUCAACUGUCUGGUCAGCUAGAGGACAUUCAUGACCCUUUGUCUUCAUCCCUAUCUAUUAUUGAUUUAGGAUAUAACCAGAUUAUGGGAUCAAUACCUAGAUCGUACAUUCAUCUUACAAGUCUUGAAAUGCUUUCCCUGGAAUCAAAUAAAUUGACAGGCAUAGUGAAACUUAGCUCCUUCUGGAGGCUGAAGAAUCUCCGGCUCCUGAGUCUAUCUAACAAUAUGCUGUCAGUGAUAGAUGGAAAAGAAGAAUCUUUGUUUUCUUCACUGCGUAACAUAAGGACACUGAGCCUAGCAUCCUGCAACCUUACAAGACUUCCUGCCGUGUUGGCAUUUCUAGAUGAGAUUGAGACACUAGACCUCUCCAGUAACCAUAUUGAUGGGGUUAUACCAGCUUGGGUAUGGGAGAACUGGAAGGGCAGCCUUGUUGUUUUGAAUCUUUCUCGCAACAUGUUUACCAGCCUGGACAAGUUUCCAUCUCUUAUUCCAAUGGCGAAUGUGCUAUCUCUUGAUCUCAGUUUUAAUAGACUUGAAGGGAAUGUGCCAAUACCAUUCGUGGACUUAAGAAGUGGGGACACGUUAAUGAGUGAGCUUGGGAUUGCCUUGGAUUACUCAAAUAAUUACUUUGAUUCCAUUCUAUCUAACUUUGGUGAAUACCUCAGAAAAGUAAGCUAUCUUGACUUGUCCAAGAACAAACUAAAUGGUCAUGUACAGUCAUCCAUUUGUAGUGCCAACAAACUAAUUUUCAUGGACUUAUCUUACAACAAUUUUAGCGGUUCAGUCCCAUCAUGUCUAAUAGGAAGUGGAAAUUUGAACAUAUUGAAACUGAGAGAAAAUCAAUUCCAAGGAAUGAUGCCUGAAGAUAUUAAAGAAGGAUGUAGGUUGCGAACAAUAGAUUUGAAUGGAAACCAAAUAGAAGGCACAAUACCAAGAUCACUAUCGAAUUGCCAAGACUUGGAGCUUCUUGAUGUUGGGAACAAUCAUAUUGUCGGUUCUUUUCCAUCUUGGUUGGGUAUUCUUCCAAAGCUUCGAGUUCUUGUCAUGAGAUCCAACCAAUUCAAUGGCACCAUAUGGGAUGUGGAAGGUGGUCAUUCUAAUAUCAGCCACUUCAUAAGUUUGCAAAUACUUGAUCUGGCAUCCAACAACUUCUCUGGAAACUUGCCAGAUGGAUGGUUCAGUAAAUUGAAAGCUAUGAUGGCAAAUGUCAAUGAUCAGGGCAAAGUUUUAGGGCAUCGGACAAACACGCCAAAUGGGUUUUAUCGAGAUACUGUCACCGUCACAUUCAAAGGGUUUGAGCUUAUUUUCAGCAAGAUAUUAACUGCUUUCAGUGCAAUCGAUUUCUCAAAUAACUCUUUUAACGGUCAUGUGCCGGAGUCAAUUGGGAAGCUUGUUUCACUGCAUGGACUUAACAUGUCAUGCAAUAAUCUUGUUGGACAAAUUCCAUCUCAGUUUAGCAACUUGUCUCGUCUGGAGUCAAUGGAUCUAUCUUGGAACCAACUUUCAGGGGAAAUCCCACAAGACUUAACCUCUCUUACCUCUCUUGAGUGGUUAAACCUUUCAUACAACAACUUGUCUGGCAGCAUUCCACAAGGCAACCAGUUCCUAACAUUUUCGAACAGUUCGUUUGAAGGUAAUAUUGGCCUCUGUGGACUUCCACUCUCCAAACAAUGUGACACCCCAGCCUCGCUUGCCCCGAAUACAGUGUCUCCUCCAGAAUCCAACAGUUUUUGGGAAGACAAACUUGGGGUCAUCCUUCUGUUUUCCUUUGUCGGUUUGGGGUUUGGAGUGGGUUUUGCACUGUCAUUCUUGCUACGACUGUUUUGCCGCAUAGAAGGAUCAGUUCGCAAGCCCUGA